GUGGAUCUUUAGUGUCUCGGACGUAUCACCGCCUAAUAUAACGAGCUGUAUAAGGAGGCGAUCGUCGAUUGGAAACAAGUGACAUGCGUGCUUUCCUUUGACGGAUUAUCCGCAAACCUUCCUUCCAACUGAAACCAACUGCGCGCUCAUCGUUCACCCUGAGAGGAGGUAUCCUGUCAGAUUAUGACAGAUACCUCCCCUGUCGUCAUCACGCAUCCAGCCACGGAGCCUUACCCGGUCACCGUCCCUUUGAACUCGCCUGCCGUCAACGGCGCCGUUUCCGACUCCGCCGUCCCCGAAGAGGAGCCGUAUACCAUCAAAUGCAUCUGUGCAUUCGAAGAUGACGAUGGGAACACGGUCUUCUGCGAAGGGUGUGAGACGUGGCAACAUAUUGAGUGCUACUAUCAUGGUCGGGACGUACCAGAGGUCCACAAUUGCGUCGAUUGUGAACCCCGACCUUUGGAUGGUAGACGUGCCACCGAGCGGCAGAGACGUCUCAGGGAACAGAGCGAUGGCGGUGACCGGAAAGCAAAACGUUCAGGCACAAAGGGUCAGAAGAAGAAGACUCGAGAUGGUGAACAAGUAAACGGAAUUCACAAUCGAUCAGAGUCAAACGCUCGUGACCAGCCCCCAGCAAAGAAGGCCAAAACAAACCAUCGAGCUUCUGGGUCCAUCAGCUCCUUGUCAGGUAUGCCGUCUCUUCCUCCAGAUUCGCGUAAACGCACUGCAACAUCGUUGAGCCCCACAAAGCCAUCGGGCCCUUUUAUACCUCUGUAUUCGAACGAAUUUCUGCAUCUAUAUGACCACGACAGCCAUCAUGUCAAUACCGAUAGUAACCUUUUUGUCAAUCUUCAACUUGCCGGGCAUUUGGCAACGUGGGUCAACGAACCAGGCGCACUUGCCCGCGCCUCAAACGGACGUUCUGCGCAGGAUGUUUUCACCUGGUCGGGCGCAGCACUUGAUCGGGGCCACUGGCCCUCUCUUACAACUGAGACCAUCACAGAUACUAGCAUCGAUGUUGAUGGAAUUCACCCAUCCUGGAAGAUUCUUAAGACACGGGAUCCAGUCGGAAAGGACGCAAUCGUAGGAGAGAUCACUGGCAAAAUUGGGCCCCUUCGAGAAUACUCCAAUGAUAUCAGUAAUCGGUGGCAGGAACUUCGACAUCCAGAGCCUUUCGUUUUCUUCCACCCUCAACUGCCGCUCUACAUCGAUAGUCGCCAUGAGGGGAACAUACUCCGCUAUGUACGACGGUCCUGCCGUCCUAACGUCACCAUCAGAACUUUCAUCACGAAUGAAGUGGAGUAUCAUUUCUGCUUUGUUGCUAAAGAAGACAUAGCGGCGGAUUCAGAGAUCACCGCUAUGUGGUACCUAGACCCUCAACUAUUCGACUCGACCAAUGGUAUCGUCAAGCAGGAGUUUGGUGACAACGCACAGGAUGUAGCGGCCAUGUGCAUCAGCAAUGUACUAUCCCACUUUGGCGGCUGUGCUUGCGUCCCGCCACCGAACUGUCUGCUGGCUAAUGUGGAUCGCCGUAGACAUCCAAAAGCAUCUGAUGCCAGUUCCAAGCAAGUGAGUUUGAAGCGGAAGAAAACCAAGAGCAAAUCGAACAUCUCCCCACCAGCAUCCAACAGCCGUGCUGGCAGUGAGGCCACCAAAAACCUGGAAGAGGACGAUCAAGCGGACACCCGUUCUACAUCGGGUUCUACCCGAGGUCAGACCCGUAGCCGCGAUCUGACACCUACAUUACAAACCCCUACUGAAGGACCCGUAUAUGGAGAAUCCGAGCUCUCGGCCCGAGAUAAACGGAAGAUUGCCGCAGUAGAAAAGAAAUUCCAGCAAUUGGAACAUGAUCAGCAAGCUUCCCACCGAAGAAAGAAGCGAGCCAGCGGACAGUCCACACAAACGACACCAGUGAUCGGAAGUAGUUCAGCGCAAGCCGGCUAUUUCACACACCUAAGCGGCCGUGAUCGCCAGUCACACUCGCCUUCAUCGGCUACCUCCCCGGCAUCUUUACCUGGGGUACGUCAUGGUUCUCCACGGAAAGUAUCAGAUUCUGGGAGUCCCUCGCUGCGGUCUCAACUCGGGCGUCAGCGGUAUGUGGAUUCAGCGACUCAGACGGAACCUGAUAUUAGUGAUAGCCCCUCGUCUAAUCCACCAUCUCGUCGACCCAAUUUUGUCCCAUUCACCCAGCGGCUGCUGAAGCGAUGUUAUGCGGACCGUAUUCGACUAGAACAAAUCAGUCAGCAGCUUCCUGUGUCGCCUUGUUCGCAGUCGAACUUUGUCGCACACCUAAUUUCUCCCGCGUCAAGUCCGCGCGCAGGACCACCCACAGUAACAACACCGAGCGUCUCGUGUGACCGGGAUGACGUGGAAAUGAAAGAGUCGGUUUCUCCAAUGGGUACAUCACCUGGUUGGCAACAAGAGUCCUCGCCGCUGUCAGGGCGAGGCUCUAUCAAACCAUCACUACCGCCACCGUGGCCAUCCACGGCUGCUCAUAACACUCGAAUACCGGGCAGCAAAGUAAACAAUUAUCGUGUCGACCUUCGUGUUCCACUGCCUCCUUCCAACAGUCCGGGAUCGGCCGCUCCGGCUGUAAAUUCAUCCCCAUCUACCUCCGACGCGACCGUCCCAGGGUCUAGCUUGACUGCACCUAGUCCGGUGAAGAAGAAGCUUAGCUUAGGAGAUUAUCUCAUACGGAGAGGAACCCUCACUACUCCCACAUCCGAAAAACCUCCGGCUCAGACUACUUCGAUGCCCCCGCCGAAGUCUCCCACAGAACAACCCCAUGUGAGUCGCGAGUUGCCUGCGGCUGGUGACCACCAUGCUGCACAAGACAAGAUCGAGGGAGAAGGCGGGAGUAUCAAGACCUCAGAUGGUCCAAUGAAAGAUGUCCCUGGGUCAACUCAGGCUUCCCAACUAUCAUCGCUUACUUGAACUGUCCGCUUACCCCCUCAUCCAAACUGCCACAUAAGGGUGGUGGCGUUAUGCACUGUGGGCAGCGUGUUAUUCUUAUAUGUUACUUGAGUUUGUAAAAGAUGGGAUUUGGCGUUUAGCCG